AUGUCGUCCAAGGCUUCUUCCUCCAACGUUCGCCUCGCGUCGUCCUCGUACGGCAAGGAUCUCGUUCGCAUCUUCCGCAUCGUCCGUGACAGCAAGGACCCUUCUUCCCAUCGCGUCGCUGAAUACACCGUCCGAUGCUUGCUUCACGGUGAAAGCCUCACGCCUUCCUACACCGAAGCCGACAACUCGCCCGUCGUCGCUACCGACACUGUCAAGAACACCCUCAAUUACCUCGCCAAGGUGCUGCCCGCCGAAGACGUGCUCUGCCCCGAACGAUAUGCGCUUCACGUCGUCAAGCACUUUCUUACCACCUACUCUCACAUCGAAAAGACCGAGGUUGAGCUUAUUCAGCACAAGUGGACACGCAUCGUCCUCGACCAGAAGGACGGCGGUGCUCACAAGCACAGCUUUGUUCGCGAUGGUGAGGAGAAGCGUACCGUCCGCGCACUCGGCGAGCGAUCCGGUAGCGAAAUCAACGUGACCACCCUCGAAGGCGGUAUCAAAGGCUUGCUCGUGCUCAAGAGCAGCGGUAGUGCAUUUCACGGCUUCCACCGCGACAGUUUCACAACGCUCAAGGAGGUUCGUGAUCGCAUCUUCUCAACAGAGGUCGAGUGCACUUACUCGAUCGCAUUGCCAAAGGGCGGACUCACCGCUGCACUCAACAACGCCUCAGCACUGCCAAAGUUCUGCGAUAUUCAGUCGUCCGUCAAGGCACACGUUCUGCGCGUCUUCUCGCUCGACAACUCAGCCAGUGUUCAAGCAACAAUGUAUCGUAUGGGUGAAGCCAUCCUUGGCGAUGCAACUAACAAGACGGUUCAGGAUGUUGCUUUUGCAUUGCCAAACAAGCACUACAUCCCAAUCGACCUCGGAUUUAAGGGUCUAAGCAACUUGAACGAGAAGGAUGCCGAGGUAUUUUUGCCUACCGCACACCCAAGUGGUCUGAUCAAGGCUAAGGUGGCUCGUGCUGCUGCUGCCAAGCUCUAA